AUGUCAAGCUCAAUCAAACCUCAAACCCAGCAAGCUCUCCCACUGAUCGACCUACGAUCGAGACCUGCCUUGGGAUUCCGUGUUCCUAAUCCACCUCUUUGUAAAGAAGAUCCCUCAAAAUCAUCGUCCAAACAAUCGACACAGAACUUGACGACGAAUCGGGCCACGUCGAUCGCCAAGACACAGGACGAGAUCGAACUGAACACAUUGCGACAGAAGAAAGCAUGGGAUCUUGCACUUGCGCCGGCUAAGCAGGUUCCCAUGCAAGGAUUUAUGAUGUGGAUGAGCGGGAGUGGUGUGCAAAUCUUCAGUGUGAUGAUGGUUUAUAUGUUGAUCAAGGGAGCGAUCACCGCCUCGAUCUCGGUCAACAAGACCUUCCAACCAUUCGAAUCCACCCUGUCGUCGACUUCGACCCCAUCGCCAGCUGCCUCAAAACGGUCUGCGAAAGCUCCGAAGCCCAAAUCGUUGGUCGCUCAGAAAUUGACCUUCAUAGCUUGUCAAUCGCUCUUACUACUUCUCGGGCUGUGGAAAGUCAAUGGGAUGGGCUUGUUGCCCACUCGAUUGUCUGAUUGGAUCAUGUACGAACGGAGACCGUCAUGGGCCCUUCGACAACCCAUGGAUUCGUUUACAGUCGUUAUUCCUUGA